CGACAGAGGCUCAGCUCCCAGCGCUCCCUGUCCCCGCCCCGUGGCCGGCCAACUCCACUCCCACUUCCUGAGCCUGGCGCUGGAGCCCUGGAGGCCAGGCCAGCCCGGCCGCUCUGGCCCCCCGGGGCAUGUCGGCCUGAGUCCUGUCCCGGCCCCGGGCUCCGGAGGCUGCUGUCACCACUGCUCCAAGAGCCAGGCCUCUCACCUUACCCCCAGGCCUCCACCCGGCUGGACUGGCGGCCAUGCGCCCGCUGUGGGCCUCCCCUGGCGGCCUGGCCUGGGGGCCACUCGUCCUAGGCCUCUGCGGUCUCCUGACAGCAUCCCAGCCCCGAAUGUUGCCCCCAUACCACACGGAGAACCAAACCUGCCGGGACCAGGAAAAGGAAUACUACGAACCCAAGCAUCAGGCCUGCUGCUCCCGCUGCCCCCCAGGCACUCACGUCUCUGCUGAAUGUAGCCGUGAUCAGGACACAGUUUGUGACACGUGCCCUGAAAACUCCUACAAUGAGCACUGGAACCAUCUGCCCCACUGCCAGCUGUGCCGCCCCUGUGAUCAGAUCCUGGGCUUCCAGGAGACUGCACCUUGCACGCGCAAACAGAAAACCCAGUGCCACUGCCAGCCAGGAAUGUCCUGCGUCUAUGUGAACCAUGAGUGUAUGCACUGCGAGCCACCCCGCAACUGCCAACCAGGCACUGAAGUUGAGCUGAAAGGUGAGGCUGGGGAGGCUAAUCACCACUGUGUGCCCUGUAAGGCCGGGCACUUCCAGAACACCUCCUCCCCCAACGCCCGCUGCCUGCCCCACACCAGGUGUGAGGACCAGGGCCUGGUAGAAGCAGUGCCAGGCACCACCGAGACUGACACCAGCUGCAGAAAUCCAUCAGAAACCCCCGAGAUGCCAGGAACUAUGCUGGUGCUGGCCAUCCUGCUGCCCCUGGUCUCCCUGCUGUUCCUCUCCGCCAUCCUCGCCUGCACCUGGAAGAGCCACCCGUCUCUCUGCAGAAAGCUGGGAUCCCUGCUCAAGAGCCGUCCAGAGGGAGAGGAAUCCAAUAUUGCUGAUGGAAACUGGCAGCCUCCAAGCAUCAACCCACAUAUCCCUGACCUGGUAAAGCCACUUCUGCCCAUUCCUAGAGACUUGCCCCUGGACUCAGCCAGGCCCCCAACACCCCCAGUUGUGGAGCAAGAGGUGCUACAACAGCAGAGUCCUCUGAGCCAAGCCCGGGAGCUGGAGGCUGAGCUCCCAGAGCAAGGCCAGGUGACCCAUGGUACCAAUGGCAUUGUUGUCGGCAAAGGCGGGACUGUGACUGUCACUGGCAAUAUCUACAUCUACAAUGGACUCGUACUGGGGGGAGCACGAGGUCCUGGAGACCCUCCUGCACCACCGGAGCCUCCAUACCCCAUUCCCGAAGAGGGUGCCCCUGGUCCUCCCGGGCUCUCUACACCCUACCAGGAAGAUGGCAAAGCUUGGCACCUGGCCGAGACAGAGACACUGGGAUGCCAUGACCUCUAACAGGACAAAGGACCCAAUCUGUCACCCAUGCCUCACGGUGUCUGGAAGAAGCCAGGAGAAGGGAGGCACCAGAGCACCUUCUCCCCGAGGCUUCCCUGCCCACACAGGAUUGACAGCGGGCCUGGGUAGGGCCCCUGAGAGGCAAGCCCUAAGGGGCCAGGCCUCAGACACCUCCGAGAGCAGGACCGGGCACUGGCUGGGUACGGUGCCUGCCACAGGACUCUCACUACUGCCUGAACAGGCCUGAGACUUCAUUGCAGAUCCCCUGGACACUGGAGCUGCACCAGCUCAGCUUCAGGCAGACAGAGCAUAUGAUGCCUGCUGCUGCCCACCGUGGCGCUGUGCACCCAAAGCAUGCAUAGAAGGAAGCCAGCCACAUGGUCACUUGCGAGGACGUCACGGAACCUCUGACAGAUUCGUGGCACUCAUCCCAAGCUUCAGAGGCCCCUUGAGGACCUGCACUUCGCAUGGACUGAGGUAGACCCUAUAUGAAUAUGGAGUUACAUGGACCAUCACCCCUCUCCUCUGGAGAAGAAAGGGAGUCAUUAAAAACUGGGGGUUUGGGUAGGGUUAGUAGGUAAAAGGAAAGUUUCAGAGGGGAAGUAAAAUGGCAAGUGUAUUUAUAAAUUGUAACCACAUGCAAAUAAAGUGGAGAUUGAGACCUA